CAACUUCCGUUUCCUGGGUUGUCCACGCGCGAAGUUUCCAGAAUCUUGUGGAAUAUUCGCCGAAUUUCCCAAAGAGACAGAGGGGGGGAAAUAUCAGAUAAGGACCCGCAGGCAUGGGGAUUUUAGAGAAAAUCUCGGAAAUCGAGAAAGAAAUUUCGCGGACCCAGAAAAACAAAGCCACUGAAUACCAUCUAGGCUUGUUGAAGGCCAAACUUGCUAAGUACAGAGCACAGCUAUUGGAGCCCACAAAGUCUGCAGGAUCAAAAGGGGAAGGCUUUGAUGUAAUGAAAUCAGGAGAUGCCAGGGUAGCAUUAAUUGGAUUCCCUUCUGUGGGUAAGUCUACAUUCUUGAGUUUGAUGACUUCCACUGCAAGUGAAGCAGCUUCAUAUGAAUUCACAACCCUUACCUGUAUCCCAGGUGUCAUAGAGCAUAAAGGAGCUAAUAUUCAGCUUUUGGAUCUGCCUGGUAUCAUUGAAGGAGCAGCACAAGGUAAGGGUCGUGGUCGCCAGGUGAUUGCUGUUGCUCGAACAGCAGAUGUUGUUAUAAUGAUGUUGGAUGCAACAAAGGGUGAUGUGCAGAGAAAUUUACUGGAAAAGGAAUUGGAGUCUGUAGGAAUCCGACUAAACAAGUCAAAACCCAAUAUUUACUUCAAGCCAAAGAAAGGCGGCGGGAUUUCUUUCAACUCAACAGUUACAUUGACACAAUGUUCUGAAAAAUUAGUACAACUCAUCUUGCAUGAAUACAAAAUCUUUAAUGCUGAAGUACUCUUCAGGGAAGAUGCAUCUCCUGACCAAUUUAUAGAUGUAGUAGUUGGAAACCGUGUCCACAUGCCUUGUCUUUAUGUUUAUAAUAAAAUUGACCAGAUCUCCUUGGAGGAGGUGGACCGUUUGGCAAGGCAGUUGCACAGUGUAGUGAUUAGCUGUGAAAUGAAACUGAAUUUGGAUUAUCUGCUUGACAAGCUGUGGGACUACCUUGCCCUAAUCUGCAUCUACACAAAAAAGAGAGGAGAAAGACCAGAUUUUUCGGGUGCUAUAAUUAUGAGAAGAUCAGCUUCAGUUGAACAUGUGUGUCAUCGAAUUCAUCGCACUUUGGCAAGCCAGUUUAAAUAUGCUCUUGUAUGGGGAACAAGCACAAAGUAUAGUCCUCAACGAGUGGGGCUGACUCACAUAAUGGAACAUGAGGACGUAAUCCAAAUCGUCAAGAAAUAAAUAGUGAUCCAUGUUGCACAAUGAGCUGCAGUAUAUCACCAGCCUUCCCUUUCACUUGCAUGACAGGCAAUGUGAAAAUGGACUAUUUAAAAAUUGUAAUGAAAACAUUGUGUUAAACUGCCAAUAGAAAUGGUUUGCUCUGGCAGCCCUUUCAUAUCAAAUAUACUGUGAUUCUGCUAUUCUAGUAAGGAGACUGUUAAAAACAAAAGCAUGUGCCAGCUAUAAAGGCUAAUACUAUACUUCAUGGCUCGUGCUGAAACAGUAGCACCCCUUUAUUUGCAAAUCCUAUUAGUUUAUUACUGCAAUAUUUCUGUGUUGCAGAGGACAAUAUUUCCCGUUGUUAAUCUUUCCUGACUUUCUCAACAGUCUUGUUUCCUUAUAUAACUGCAAAAACUAAUGUGUGAUCUACAAUAAUUCAAAUUUUUAUGUUCGAAUGAAGAUGAGAUCCAGUUGUAUGGGUAACAGGUUUAAUCAAGUGCUUUAAUUAACUUGGUAUUCCCUUUGCUUUCCAUAAUAUAUAUAUAUAUUGUAGAUCAGAGCUUACAUCUUCCUAUACCAAUUCACAAAACAAAAAGCAUUUGUCCAGUUGGUCCCUUUUUGUUUCUAUUUGUACUUCUUCCCUGAAAGUUUCACAUAAAACGAAGUGUAAUCCUUAAUUUUCUUCUUUAUCUCCAAUUUGUUGACAUUGGCACUUUGGUAGUUAAGACAUUCAUUGUGAGAUGAAGCAGUGAAUAUCAGCAUACUAUUCAACCAAUGGAGGAUUUCAUUGCCAAGUCUAUACCAUGUCCUUGCAAGAGACAUAACUGCACUUUCCAGGAAAUCUCUGGAUAAUAAGCAACAUGGUUUGCAUGCACUCAGUUGGUACCCAAUUUUAAAACUGUAUAAGCUUGACAACUGGUCAAAAGAGAAAAAUAUGAGCUGUGCUCAGAGUUUGUGGUUUUCUCUAUCACUGCUUUUCUUUUGAACUGCAUCAUUAUAAAUGCACAACAGCAUUUGACACUAAAUAGAUUGAUUAAACUAUGAUUCUCAUAAAUACUUGAUAAGUUUGAAAACAUUCUAAUUCUGUACGGAUCACUGGACGAGCAAUAUAUUGGACUUGCUGUGGAGCUUUGAGAAUUCUAUUGUCAGAAGGUUGUUGUUGCACUGACAAGUGUUCAGAAAAUUGAUAAUCUAGGAGAUUGAGGUGCAUUUUGAAGAAAAGCUGACAGAAAUAAACAUAUGUUCACCAGAGAGAGGGUUGAGAAGAGAUUUUAUACAAAUUAGAAGCAUAGAUAAUGUUGAUGAGUUGGAUAUUUAAUAUUCACCUUGAACAUAUAACCAGAAGACUUCUGUUCAUAAUCAGCGUACCUCAACAAUGAUUUAAGCAGUUAAGUUGAUCAUCUUGCAAAAAGAAAUGGAUAAAUGUUGUUCGGAAUGAGAUUGAAUGUUAAAGUUUUGGAGAUAUAAGUAAACCAGAAUGUUACAAAAUUCGAAUUGCUUGUUUCUGUGAUUUAAAAAAUUGACUGUAAUUUUGGUCACGCCAAAGUGGUUUGCUUUAUUGUUUUAUUUGUGAAAUUAUGACAAUUAUGUUUAUCUAUAGACUGGUUGCGCAAUAGGCUGCAGAAUAUUGUGAGGCACUUCAAACUGAAGGGCAGCUUCAAGUCUUCUGCUAAAGCUAAGAAUAUUAAGGGGUCAUCUCUCUGGAAUCUUCAAGAUUGCAAAUAUUAUUGAGAAAUUCUUUUACAUAUUUACAGUGCCUUUUAUGAUAUAUGUCAGUUUGCUCCAUAGUGAAAUCAUUUAAAUGUUUAGAGACUUGUGGUUCAGGAAAAUGUGCACAUUAAAGUUUUAAUUGUGCACAUCAAUAGGACAAACGAGCAGCUAACCUAUGUUUUUAAUCUUGUUAGGUAAUCUUGUUUUAAUCUAGGUAACUGAAAAAUGUCACCAUCUGUCAGUCUUUCUCUUAUCCAAAUUGAAUUGUUUAGUUAUGGUUUUAUUUAGACUAGGUUUUGGUCCAAAGGUGAGUAAGUGGACAGUUUAUUAUAUUACCCACAUGAGAUUGAAAUUGACAAUCAAUGUCAUUCAUUGCUAGAAAUAUUCUCAUUUGCACAUUGGUCUGUUUAACAUUUAGCUUUGGAAAUUGGAAACUGGGUUCCACUCUAUAAAUCUUCAGUUAUGUGAUGCGUAUGUCAUGUACCCUAGAGAUUAAAAGAAGUCAGAAAAGGAGACAAUUUGAUUAUAAUUCUUCAAGGUACCAUUAGUUGCGAACUGGUGCAACAUUUGGGGUAAAUGGAUGAAUGUGGUCAUUGUAUUACCGGUUAGCUGAAUGUUAAUUAUGCUUGCAUGCUUAGAAUCUAGAACUGCAGUUUAAAAAAGAGACCUAUAGCUAUGUCUGAGACAAUUGAAGAUGACUAAUACUGAUUUUUAUUUUUGAAGGCACAUCAAGCUUAAAGAUUAGAUUAGAUUACUUACAGUGUGGAAACAGGCCCUUCAGCCCAACAAGUCCACACCGACCCGCCGAAGCGCAACCCACCUAUACCCCUACAUUUACCCAUUACCUAACACUACGGGCAAUUUAGCAUGGCCAAUUCACAUGACCCGCACAUCUUUGGACUGUGGGAGGGAACCGGAGCACCCGGAGGAAACCCACGCAGACACGGGGAGAACGUGCAAACUCCACACAGUCAGUCGCCUGAGUCAGGAAUUGAACCCAGGUCUCAGGCGCUGUGAGGCAGCAGUGCUAACCACUGUGCCACCGUGCCGCCCAUAAAUCAGUUUAUACCUAUAAUAUAUUUAUCUUGAAUAUUUGCGUCAUCUGUAUUCAUUUGAAUGUGGCUACUCAUUGUGUUUUUUCCAGUUAAAUAUUGAGACAACUGAAAUCUCCUCUUUUGGACCUUCCACAACUCAAUUUUGCCAGCAGUCCCACACAUUUCUAGCAACUGUCGCAGUUUAAAACAGUAUGAUGAUAAAAUCAGGGUGAUGACGAAACAGUUUAUCUGAAGCUGUCCUUUCAAUCCAUAUCCCCUCCAUUACAUAGAUCAAUUACUUCCUCCUCUGUAAAAUUGCACACCUCUUCUGUAUCUCAGCCUAUUUUCUAUUAAAUUCCCGUUCUUGCUUUUGUCAUCUCUGUCUUUGUAUGUAGGUAAAAAAACAAGGACUGCAGAUGCUGGAAACAGAUUCUAGAUUAGAG